ACCACCUACAAUCUAGACAGAUGCAGCAGCAGCAACAUCGAGAGGACGCCGGCGCCACGGCGGCGAAGAGCCAGCAGCAGCACGCCGGCGGCGAAACAACCAGGCUACUGGACAGGAAAGUGAAGGAGCUGGUGGUGGAGAACAAGCGGCUGGUGGAGGUGCCCUACACGGCGUCGCUGGCCGACACGAUGAACACCCUGGUGGCGAACCGGGUGGUGGCGGUCCCCGUGGCGGCGCCGCCGGGCCAGUGGAUCGGGGCGGGCGGGUCGAUGAUCAUGGAGUCCGACAAGCAGACGGGCGUGGCGAGGAAGCACUACAUAGGGAUGGUCACCAUGCUCGACAUCCUGGCCCACAUCGCCGCCGCCGACGACCAGGUGGAUCAGAUGAACGGUGGCGCCGGGGAUGACGAGUCGGCGUCGUUUUCAGAUGAGAAGCUCGGGGCGAAGAUGUCGGCGCCUGUUUCUGCGGUCAUCGGGCACUGCCUCGAAGGGCUUAGUCUGUGGACUCUCAACCCCAGCACCAGCAGCAUCAUGGACUGCAUGGAAGUACUGAGCAAAGGGAUCCACCGUGCCCUUGUCCCCGUGGACAGCCACAUGGCAAACGUGGCCGGCGUGGAGCUGGUGGAGUCGGCCUCGAGCUACAAGAUGCUGACUCAGAUGGACCUGCUCAAGUUCUUCAUGAAGGAGGCUGACAAGAAGUACCCACAUGACCACAGCGAGCUGCAGCGCACCAUGGCUCGAACCUUGGCCGAACUGGGAGCCGUCAACGAGAACGUCUACGCCAUCACCGGCCGCACCAGGGUCAUCGACGCCAUCAAGUGCAUGAAGGCGGCGCUGCUGAACGCCGUCCCCAUCGUCGUCGCCUGCAACUCCAUCGAAGACGACUCCAAGCAGCUUAUAAACGGGAAAGGAAGGAAGCUGAUAGGGACGUUCUCGUCGACCGACCUGAGAGGGUGGCACUUCGCGACGCUGCAGACCUGGCUGCCGUUGACCGCUCUGGAGUUCACGGAGACGGUGGUCUCGUCACCGCUUCAUGCUGUUUCUCCCGACUCCCCGACCACGGAGUCGAGGGAACUCGUUACCGCAACUGCCGGUUCCAGUCUCCUGGAGGUGAUCCAGAAGGCCGUUACCAAACACGUGCACAGGGUGUGGGUGGUGGACUCGGAAGGUCUUCUGACGGGAGUGGUUUCGUUGACCGAUAUCGUCAAGGCGCUGAGGGUGUCUUUGCUUGGGAAUGAAGCUGUCUAGCUAGGAUAUGUGUUUGCCUUGCCUGUGCUUUUUCAGUUGGCUCGGGGCUGAGGUUUUGUUGAACUUUGGCAUGGAUGAAUGUGUGUUUAUAUACUUGGGUUUUCUGUUAAUUAAGGAUUUUGGUAGGUCCGAGCCGAGACUAAUACAUUUUCACGGUGUUUGUAAUAUAGAGCUCACUGGUAUAUACUAUGAAAGGUUUUGUGCAAGGUGUUUUGUGG